ACCACGCGAGUUCCGUCAAACUCCAGAAGUCCAAAUCUCGUGUUGAUUUUCUAGUGCCGGUUUCGACAGCUGUUUAUUUUUGUGUACCGUAAAAUGGCCCGUUUGCUACAGCGCCUUUCCGGCGCAUUGCAAAAGUUAGAGUAUUACCUGCUAGGUGGAUAUGGAUUCCCACCAAGUAACGGAGGUGCGCUCGCGUUGGCCUGUUUGGACAAUGUGCCGCACACUACGCCUAGAGCGGAACCGUUUUCGCUGCGCGAUCUGCUCGGCGAUGGUAUAUUGUGGGCCGUGCCCAAGCACCGGCGUACGGUGGAGAAGCGACAUAAGCGCAAGUACGGCUCGCCGGACUACAAGCUGAAGAUCUUUACACCCAAAACCCAUCUCCGUACCUGUGCCAACUGCGGUAGUGACCACGAAGUCGGUGUACUGUGUCCUACCUGCUACCGGCAAGUGCGCACCGAAACCGAAUUGAUGCAGGAGAAAAUUCAAAACGAGCUUGGCCUCGAGCCGGUCGACAAGGAGGUCGUAGUGCUUUACGAUCGCGAGAAAGUGGAGCAUGCGGAUGAGUUCUGGCAGGGCAAACGCAUCGUCGAAAUGGAAAAGCCGCGUCCACAAUGGUUUAGUAAAAAUUUGCUUCAAACAACCACCGAGCCGGCUUCUGAACCCGAUGAGCUGAAACCGGGCGCGGAAAAAUUGGGUUAGGCGUCUUUUUAUCCGCAAAGAUUAUAACAUAGUUGGGUAAGCUGUAGACCAUUUAAUUUCCUUUCGCACACCAAAAUAAACAUC